UUCAUAGAUUCUUCUAACGCUGUCUAAAAUUUCAAAUCUCCGGUACAUAAGUUUACUCUGAGAAAAUGUCGUUCAAAAAAUAAUCAACGCUACGAUAGUUUCCUUCAAUUUUCAGUGUGUUUGUAUCUCGACUACGUGCGGCUAUUCAAAAGUAUUUUCUGUAAUCGUGGAAAUGAGUUCGUUUUAUUCACAAGAAGACAUAUUCAGUCGCUCUUUUCAAGCAUUUAACAACAUCUCACCACUGUCUGACAGAUUCUCGAAGUUCCUACGCGAGUAUGCUAAAGAUGAAGAAAAUGAUGAUACUAAGUCUUGGUCAAAAAUCAAAGAUAAUGGUUCGAAUAAGAGUGGUGAUUCCCUUAAAACAUCUCUAACUGAAUCAUCUUCGGGUUCACUAAAUACGUCAUUUUUGAGUUCACAGGAAGCCACCAAACGGAGUUACUUGGAUAACAGUCUAAUAAAAAACCAGUGUACUCUCAUCCGUAAUAAUCUUAAGUUGUUAAGGUCGCAGGUUGAUUUCCUAUUGAAAUCCAACACUUCCGAGAUAGAAGGGUUGGAUGAUCAAGUUCGCGAAACAGUGAAAAAAGAAGUAGAAUCUUUACUGAUUUGGCUUGGAUCUAAUUUGCCAAAGAGUGAGGAACUAAAACAAAAUCAAAUUGUUUGCCGAUCACCUGGAAUUAAAAUUGCAUCUUCAAAGGUUUUUUUUGGUAGUCCUGAGAUAGUUCCAAGUAUUCCACAAGAAAAUCGGAUUGACAACUCCGUUUUAUUGUUGAAAGAAACAUGCUCACUUGAAACAGAUGGAAACAACACUGUCUAUACUAACAUUCAUUCAUUCAUGAAGAAAAUGGAGGAUGACUUUGAAUGUUUGGCAAAAGAGUUUAAAGAUUUGGAGAAAAAAAUAGAAAAAUUUGAACAAAUAAAUUGGAAAGAAUUAUUUUAUAAUUUUCGUAUCAAAAUUCAAGAAAAAACAGUAAAAAUGUGUAUAUCAUAUAUAAUUCAUGAAUUGGAUCCAAAUAAUUUUUUUUAAUUUUUGUCUUAAAGAAUAAUCAGUUACCAUGGUGAUUCCGUUGAAUUAAUAAAUACAAUGCUCGUAUAUAUAUAUAUAUAUUUAAUAUGAUUAAAAGUGUUAUAUAAAUUUAAUGUAAAUAAAAUAAAAAUUGUCAUGUAUUGAAA